AUGCACUCCUGCACAAGAGUGCACCAUCAGAGAUGGCCAGCUGGGCUGUUAUGAUGCCAUGUCUACCUGUACAGUAUGGGGUGACCCACAUUACGUCACCUUUGAUGGAGCCUUGGCUCAUUUUCAGGGAUCAUGCUCUUACAUCAUCACUGAGAGUUUGAGACACAGCAGCAAUGAAACUCAGUACAAAGUCGUGGCCACCAACAAACACAGAGGAAACAACCUUGUGUCUUUCGUGUCAUCAGUUGAUAUAUACCUCUCAAAUCCUCCAGAGAGUGUUCAUGUCAGGCUCGGACCUUACAAGAGAGUGAAGGUAAAUGGAGCUGAGGUUUCUCUUCCCACGACUGCAGGAACGUUUGGUCAGGUGAUGAGGCAGGGAAGUUACAUAGUGUUUGAUGCUGUCGAUGUUGUAGUCCAGUUUGAUGGCUCCAGUACUUUACUGGUCAGGAUGGGCCGCAACUACCAGAACAGAGUCACUGGAAUGUGUGGGAACUUCAAUGGUGAUCCCACUGAUGACAAAGUUUUGCCCAACGGUACUUUGGCGGAAAACGACAACCAGUUUGGCCACAGCUGGAAAUCAGAGACAAGCGAAGCAGGAUGCGGAUCCAAUGAUGAGAGAAGUGGUGACAGACUAAGUGACUGUCGCUUCAUAGAAGAAUACACAGAACUCUGCAGAGUCAUCACCAACACCAGCGGCCCAUUCAGUUCUUGUCACCUGCAUUCUGACCCCCAACCAUUUUUCACUUCCUGUGUUUACGAUCUCUGCCUCUACACACCAGCCAAUGGCAUGUUAUGUUCUGCCGUCUCUGCUUAUGAGAAAACCUGCACCAAUUUAGGUCUAAGCAUCCCUGACUGGCGCUCUCCUUUGCGUUGUGCUGAGACGGACCCCUGUGAACAGCUGGACUGUGCAGAGCAUGAGUGGUGUGGUAAGAAAAAUGGUGUGUAUGGCUGCUUCUGUGACGAGCACCAUCAUCGACCCAACAACGAGA